CUAUCCCCCUACUCCUUUCUCCCCCCCUCUUUUACCCCGCCCCCUCCACCCCCUGGCUCCCAUAUAAUCACCAGGCGGUGAGGCUAAGUGGCAGUUUCGUGCACAGGGUAGGGGGUGUCACCCUUCCCCAGUCUCUCCUGGCUGCUCCCAGAUCCAGUUUUCUCUAUUACCAAGAUGGGUCUGAAGGGAGCAUGGUGCUUCCCGUGGUGUGGGUGCCCGAGACAGCGGGGGACUGAAAGAGGAACAGGCCGGCAUCUUGCUGACCCUCCAGGUGCCAGCACAGUGGUGGCCCCCGUGGAAGCUGAAGGGGAGCUUCCCUCCCCAGGAGUGGGUGUCUACUUCAGCAGGAAAGCCCGCCUCUCUUUUCGCCAUCAGCUGCAUGAUGUGGCUGCCGCCGUUGACUCCACCAUUUGACCAGGACAAAUACCUGGCAACCUACUUCACCCCAUUUCUCAGCGGCCCAAGUGUUGGGCAAGCCUGUCGUGACUUUUUCAUUCUGUGUGUUUGGAGAGGGGAGCCGGUGGCAGUCAUGGGCCAGCAAAAGAACCAAGCAGUCAGCCCGCCCUUCCUGUGUGCCAGCCGGCACGCAGGCUGGGAGACAAGCAGAGGGCCGGGUCUCCCUGUGUAGACAACCAGCGGAUCCGGAGGAACUCAGGCCAGGAUGACAGCAACUGAACUACAAAAACAGCUUAAUCCUCAGAUCACCUGAUUGAAUUUUCAGGCCUGGAUCCAGUAGUCUGAGCAGCUGUUUAGAGGGGGCUUCCUUCUGUUUUGUUUUGAAAUCUAUUACUGUUCUCGCUGUUUCGUUCAGUUUUGUUUUAUUCUCUUCAACAUAAAUAAAUGAAUGCAUUUGCUCAGCACUGCCAAA